AUGGAGUCGACAUAUCGCCCGUCCUUUGGCCAUAAACGAAAGAUAAACGACAUUGAAUCUGAAGAAGAAGAGAACUACAGACCUGCAUUCGGCUUUCAGAAGUUUGCUUCAGCUUCGUCAAGAUCCCCCUCUCCUCCCGCCGCCACGAAGCCCGCGAAUCGCCCGUCAUGGCGCAACCAGAAUACCUCCUCUCCGAAACCAGGCCCCGGCGGGAAGCCGUCGUCCAUGGGCGGAAACUCCUUUGCCGCCCGAAUGAUGGCAAAGAUGGGUUACGUCGAAGGUCAGGGUCUCGGUGCAACCGGUCAGGGUAUUGUUAAUCCUGUUGAACAUGUUUUGAGACCACAGGGUAUCGGUUUGGGAGCUGUUAGAGAAAGGUCUAAACAGGCGAGAGAGGAGGCCAAACGUGAAGCCACCAGAAGAGGCGAAGUUUUAGAAGACAGCUCAGAUGAGGUGCUGGCCAGGCGCCAGAAACGGAGAGAAGCACGUAGGCUAGGGGCUGAAGGUACUAGUGGCACGAGCACACCCAGAGGUGCUCCGAAACAGAAGUAUAGAACGGCGCGAGAACUCGAAACGGAUACAGCUGGUCUGGAAAUCCCCAACGUUUUGAAAUCCCUAAUUGAUGCGACGGGAAAGGAACCAAAGCUGUUAACAUCCACAGCUGGCUUGAUGACACAAUUGGACUUUGUUAGCGCAGAGGAAUCUGAAGCCCUCAAGAUCGCGCAAAGAGCGCGGAAUGAGCUGGAAGCAUUCGCCGAUGAAUGGAAAAGCAUCGAGGAGAGAAAAAAGUUUGUCGAGUUCGAGAAAGCCCAAGUAGCAGAAGAGAUAGAUACGACGCAGAAGAAGAUUGAGCAAAUGUCGUCACUGAAAUCAGCGGUCCAGGCUUUGGAGAAUAUGAGCCUCGAGGAUACGCUUGAUGAUCGAUGGGAAAAAACAACGAAGAUCCUAGAAGAUAUCGAAUCUCGAUAUCAAGACGUCCUUGUUGAGUACGGGCUGCCUAAAAUUGCCGUUGCUGCUAUCCAACCUCUUUUCCGGCAAUCUAUGGAGGAAUGGGAACCACUCAACAGACCAGACUACCUUGUCUCAAAUAUUCGACGACUAUAUCGACUUAUGAAUGCGAAAGAGCAUGACCCGGACGAAGAGUAUGAACUUCACGCUCGGCAGUCCACAACUUUAUACGAGACUCUAUUUUAUACUAUUUGGCUACCUCGCGUUCGCUCUGCCCUUGUCAAUGAUUGGAAUGUACAGGAUCCAGCCCCAGCCACAUCGUUGAUCGACUCCUGGAAAGAUAUGCUGCCCGAAUUUGUCCUCUCAAACCUUCUUGAUCAAGUCAUUGUUCCCAAACUUAGUACCGCAAUAAAAGGUUGGAGACCUAAGAGGGGAAGUAGGCACGAGUCGUCGGAACAAUUCCCUUGGUUCCUUUUUGAUUGGUUACGUUAUUUGGGUGACCAUCAUACUGAUCCAAAAGCGCCCAGUGGCAUUUUAUCGGAUACAAAGCGCAAGUUCCGCAGCGUCUUGGACAAGUGGGACCUUAGAAAAGGACUACUCAAGGAUAUCGACUUGUGGAAGGAUGUUCUUGGUUCCGAAUUUGAUACGGCUCUUAGGAAUCACCUCUUACCCAGAUUAGCAAGGCAUUUACGCGAAAACUUCGAGGUUAACCCCCAAGAUCAGGACCUGACAACCUUCGAAGAUGUGAUGGCAUGGAGACGUUAUUUCAAACCAAACGUGUUCGCUCUCCUUCUCUGCGCCGAAUUCUUCCCCAAAUGGCACUCAAUAUUACACCUCUGGUUAACCUCUGAUCCUAACUACGAAGAAGUCGGGCAGUGGUUUACGUGGUGGAAGUCGCAGAUACCAGAAGAAAUCAAUGCUAUAGACGACGUCAUUGAAGAGUGGAAUGGGGGACUUGAAAUGAUGAACCAAGCACUUGAUCUUGGUGACAAAGCGAAAACAGAACUGCCACCACCCAAAUCUAGCAAAGAGCAACAACAUCAUCUCCAGAAAGAGAUCCACGGAAGACACCAUGUCCCUAAAGAGCCAUCACCUCAACCCUCUCGUCGAGCAAAACAAAUCGAAGAACCCACAUUUAAGGAUAUUCUCGAAGAAUGGUGCGCUGACGAGGGCCUACUCAUCGUUCCACUUCGCGAAGCACAUGUUCAAACUGGACUACCGCUAUUUAGAAUAACUGCUAGCGCGAGCGGGAAAGGAGGCGUGUUAGUGUAUCUGAAAGGAGACGUGGUAUGGGCACAGAAUAGGAAAACAAAGGACGUGUGGGAGCCAGUGGGUUUAGAUGCCGGACUUGUUGCGAAGGCAGAGGGGAAAUAA